AUGCAGAACUCUGACAAGUUCCAGCAGGACGAGGGCAUCGUCCCCGACAACGACCCUUCGGUCACCACCCAGCUCGAGGGCGUCCUUGACGGACCCGACGAACCUUUCACCGACGACAAGGGCGUCAACGCCCCCACCGGCGAGAGCUACGAGUCUGUGAAGGACAACCAGAUCGGCGACGGCGAGUUCGAGAACGACGAGUACGACGGCGUCCGCAAGGACAACAUCGUCGACGGCGAACGCCCUCGUCGCGGCACUCAGAACUACGCCCAGGCGGAUGAGCAGGCCGACAAGCUUGUCGAGGACGUCUCGAACAACAUGAACGACGGCCGCUCGCGCGUUUCGUACUAA